AUGGAUUCUAGCACAUACGACCAUAGGGUGUGGAGAACAGGGCUUCCCGUCCGCUCAGCCGUACUUAAGCCACGCGCCGGCCAGUUAGUAGUAUGGUGGGUGACCACAUGCGAAUCCUGGCUGUUUUGUGCCCACUUGUUGCACGACGAGAAUUAUAUCAAGGAAUUAUUUUAUGAUGAUGGUAUUCAGAUCUUUCCAAAAUCACCACGUUAA